AUGGCGAAUGGAGGGAAAUCUGUUGAAGAAGCUAGAGUAGCCACCAUCGUUACUAGAGUAGGAGUCAUCUUUGUGGUGGUCAUCAAUGGGAUGAGUGAAAGAAGAGUUGAAAUUCAACUCCUCAUCGUUGAGAGUGAAGAUUUUGUGCCACCUAUGCGAAUACUGUACUCAACAUUGAAACCUUACGAAUAUGGGUUCCGUGUGUUCUUGAUCACAUACUGUUUCAUCACUGUAUCAGGUUAUCACACCGGCGAAUUUAUUCAAACAGCUAUAAGUAGGUUUUUGCUCAUUGUCCUGGGUGUUGGUGUUUCAUUGGGGGAAAAUUUCUGGGCAGCAGAAUGGUUGUCUGACUAUAUGCUACAUCCUUUUCUGAUCACGGAAAAGCAAAAGAGCAGCAGAACUAACAUGCAUACUAUGUGUUCGACAGAUUGCAGAAGAUAUUCUCGACAAGAGCACUAUACAGGCAUCUCUCAGUCUCAAGGAAUAGACAAUGGUCUGAUUCUAGAGUGCCUGGUUGUGGAGAUAGUGAACAAAUCCUACUCAAUUGAUCCUGCUCUACUUAAAGUUGAGAUGGGGUUUGCUGUCUGGGGGCCACCUCAUGGUCAUUACAAGAUGCAUAGAUGUCCAUGGAAGAAUUAUGUGGAAGUUAGUGGAGCACCGAGGCACUGUGCGUUUAUGGUUAUGGCUUUGCAUUAA